GCGGCCGCGCGUAGCCUGGCACAGGUCCUGGCGCCCAGAGUCGCCGCGCGGCCGCGGGUGAGCCGCAUGGAGCCCCGGGCGGCGGACGGCUGCUUCCUGGGCGACGUUGGUUUCUGGGUGGAACGGACCCCUGUGCAUGAGGCAGCCCAGCGGGGUGAGAGCCUGCAGCUGCAACAGCUGAUCGAGAGUGGUGCCUGUGUGAACCAGGUCACUGUGGACUCCAUCACGCCCCUGCACGCGGCCAGUCUGCAGGGCCAGGCGCGGUGCGUGCAGCUGCUGCUGGCAGCUGGGGCCCAGGUGGAUGCUCGCAACAUCGACGGCAGCACCCCGCUCUGCGAUGCCUGCGCCUCGGGCAGCAUCGAGUGUGUGAAGCUCUUGCUGUCCUACGGGGCCAAGGUCAACCCUCCUUUGUACACAGCAUCCCCCCUGCACGAGGCCUGCAUGAGCGGGAGUUCCGAAUGUGUGAAGCUUCUUAUUGAUGUCGGGGCCAAUCUGGAAGCGCACGAUUGCCAUUUUGGGACCCCUCUGCACGUUGCCUGUGCCCGGGAGCAUCUGGACUGUGUCAAAGUGCUGCUCAAUGCAGGGGCCAACGUGAAUGCGGCAAAGCUUCAUGAGACGGCCCUUCACCACGCGGCCAAGGUCAAGAAUGUUGACCUCAUCGAGAUGCUUAUCGAGUUUGGCGGCAACAUCUACGCCCGGGACAACCGUGGGAAGAAGCCGUCUGACUACGCGUGGAGCAGCAGCGCUCCAGCCAAGUGCCUCGAGUACUACGAAAAGACACCUCUGACUCUGUCGCAGCUCUGCAGGGUGAGCUUGAGGAAGGCCACUGGUGUCCGAGGGCUGGAGAAGAUCGCCAAGUUAAACAUCCCGCCCCGGCUCAUCGAUUACCUCUCCUACAACUGAGCUGCACGCGGGGUCAGGGCCGCGACUCUCCCGUUGUCCCAGCGUUGCCCGGGUGAGGGCUCUGCCUGUGCCUCUGAAGCAGCGUGAUUGCUGUAGAUAGAGCAACGCUCCUUCCAGUCCUUCCUGCGAUGCUGUGUAGGCUUCUCUUCUGGAUCCUGGAUAAAGUUUCCAGGGUGUUGGGAAGGCCUGCGUCUCAGGUCACAGUUGUGGGUGUGACCCUGCACUGUUCUACGGAACCUACCUCCCCACUGGGCGUGGGCCAGUUUUCCUCUUUUAUGGGCCGUCCUCAAAGGCACUCUCAGGACAGACGGCGUGGGGAGCACAGAGGAGGCUGGCAGAGCUGGGGACUCGGGGCAUUGUUGCUAAUUCCCAUUCGCCUGGGCAGCCGGCCACAGAUGCACAGGUCCCAGGUGCAGGCCGCCACCUCCGGGUCGGCACCAGGACUGCCCUCGGUGCUCAUAGGGAACGGCUCGGCCCACGGAAGGUCGGCCUGGCAUGUGGCCUGGGACCGCUGCUCUGCUGGCUGCUGUGUGGAUGCUCUUCCUGGAGCACUUUCCAGAGCAUCCCCCAGCCCCGAGCCUGGGCGCAUCCGUCACUCAGGGGCUUUCUAUGGGUGUUUGUAGGGGAAGGCCCUGACUUUGUAUACCCCACAAGUAGCACUGAGUUUCUUAGGAAAUUCGUCUUCAGUAUUAGGUCUUAAAGUCUUGUAAAAAGUUUAUGUGUAGGAUAAAAACCUUUUAGAGAACAUGUAGGCGGUACCACUAAGGUUUUGCUAAUGAGCCAUUCAGACCCACAGCAGUGUGAAGGUGUGUCAAAUUGUAUAUUCUCGUGGCUUGGCAUUCUCAGUGCAAAGGGCUGUUUGGAGACUCUGUGGGAAUUGCUUUUCAUCUGUUUCUAUGGUUGUCAAAUGAAUUCUUCACCCACCCUGCAGUUUGUGAACUCCUUGAAGCUAUCAAAUUAGUAAGAGAGGCUGCCCACACCCGGGAGGCACCAUCACCCACUUACUAUUUGGUUCUGCGGAUACUCAUGGAACAUCUAUCACAUCCAGCAUUGUCCCAGUGUUUUGAGUUGGACGGGAAUGGGACUCUGCAGCCAAGCGGGAUAAGAAAAUCUCGCAAUCCCGUCCUGCACUGAUAGAAACAGGUCGGUCUGCAUUAUAAGCCAUUGGUGGAGCAUUCAGUAGCCUAUUCAGACUGCAUGGGCCGGCCUAGGAGUCUUUGUCUUCAUACAUUUUAAGAACCCCGCCCACAACAGGGAGUUAAACUGGGAGGACCUUUGCAUGAUUAGUUCAGGGAUGUGUGGGCUUCUGGGGCAAUGGAGAACGGGUCAGGCCUGUGCUGGGGACAGUGUGCCCAGAAAAGGGAACGUGGUACUCACUGGAUGUACCCAGGCCGGCCCGAACCUCCCGCCGUGGACAGUGCGGGAGAGAGUGAGCCUGAGCUGCCCAAGGCGAUGCCCUUUGUGUGUAUGACUGAAGGCCUCUCCGCGUGGGUACUUGGGGGUGGGGCCACAAAUCUGGCGAAAAACUUCAUACUGGCCGCCGUGGGGUUUCUCUUCUCCAGCGUUCCAGCCGUUGUCAUGGCGGGUCUUUGUCUGAAACUGAGAAGAAGAAGAGCAUUCCUGUUUGAUCACCGCCUUAGAUACCAGUUCUGGAUCAGUCAGUGUUUCUGCAUGGAAUAACAACCAUUAAAAAAAAGUGUUGGAUUCUGCCCUUUCAUCUUUGUAAGCGAUUCUUGCCUCUAGCAAUGACGUCUGGUGAUGUCUCACAGUAGAGCACUUAGUGCAGAAUCAGGUCCCCACGGCUGUUGCUCAAUAAAAGUGGUGGAAUAAAGUGCA